CACAGCUCUGCUCUUUCCUUGUGCAGGGUCACUGGUCUUGUCUCCGUCCCCUCCUGUAGAUCUCUGCAGGCAGCCAGUAGUGGAUGGCGCCAGCUGGCCCUUCCCACAGCUCUGGUCUUUCUUUGUCUCUGUUCUAUUACCUGACCCCGCAUUCACUAUAUCCGCUCUCCCCGGACCCUGCAUUCACUAUAUCCGCUCUCCCGGACCCUGCAUUCACUAUAUCCGCUCUCCCCGGACUCCGCAUUCACUAUAUCCGCUCUCCCCGGACUCCGCAUUCACUAUAUCCGCUCUCCCCGACCCUGCAUUCACUAUAUCUGGUCUCCCCGGACCCUGCAUUCACUAUAUCCGGUCUCCCCGGACCCUGCAUUCACUAUAUCCAGUCUCCCCGGACCCUGCAUUCACUAUAUCCAGUCUCCCCCCGGACCCUGCAUUCACUAUAUCCGCUCUCCCACAGUACACACGAUAUGGAAAUGCAAUUAUUUUAGUAAAUAUAAACGGCUAA